GAAGUGCUUCACAAAGUAGGAGCUGCAUUUAACCGGCAGACGUUUUUUCGCACGUGAUUCCAAAACAGACGUUGAUAUUUGGCGAAAAAAGUUUAAAAUUAAACAAUUCGUUCGUUAUCCACGAUAGAUGAAGACUUUCUUUGUUUAACAUAAAGCCAUGGUGCUGAAUUUUGCAUACAGUACCAGGCCAACUUUAACAUGGGGAUCAUUUGCCAUCAGGUUACCAUAUUUGAAAGUAACUGGACUAUCUCUUUCCAAACCACAAAAGGUGGUUAUCAUAUCAUUGACAGUGGGUGUUGGUCUGGUGGCUUUCCUCUCUCGUUACUUGAGAAGGAGAAAAAGGACACGCCCUGCCCAGCCUUCUAGACUAGAUGCUGCUACAUUAAAUCGCAGACUGCGCUCUGGAUUCAGAAGUCCCAAUGGAGACUUCCUCUCCGAAUUUCAAAGCACCAGCCCUGUUCCCCAGAGAAUACAUCGAACGAGAUCUGCAUCGGUAAACAGUGACCGCUACUCUGUCUCUGAAGGGGCCGACGCCAAAUCAACCCCUCAACUCCUAGGAACAAUGGGGGUCGAAUCACUGGAGACGGCCAUUAAUUACUGGGAAGAUGCGCUGGCCGCUUAUCAGUCGACCAGCGCAGGAUCUGGCGCCGCGCUGCUGACGGCCGAAGAAGUCGAAUUCUGCCGCAGUUUGGAACGCGUUCUCAAGGCCGCCUACGUCCUCCAGGAUGAGACGGAACACCUUUUCCUUCACGAGCAUUCCGUCCUGUUCCAAACAGAAAGCACUGCCAAUGUGGGCUACGCUUCCGGUUCUCAGACGCCGUACUCGCGCACGUCUUACAGUUUCACGUCGGCCGAUUCUUUCGUUUCGGCGAUGAGCGACGAAGUGGCCGAUUUGGAAGAUUUCGCCGACCUGCCCGUGGACGACAGUCUGCCCAGUCUGUACCAAGGCUCGAUGAAGCAGCUGGACGAGAGCGGAAUCCCCUGUCGAGUGCUGCGCACCGAACUGACGGGCUGUCAGAGCGACAUCGAAUACCUGUGCAAAUUGCAUUGCAUCCGGCUGGCCUGUCAGGGCGUGUUCCACUUGGCCGGCUCGGACCAGUGGUUCAUCUCGGCCGGCCGUUCCUUGUUGAACGAGCUGCUGACGCUGGCCGAUAAGGAUCCUCGAGAUGUCCUUGAUGCCUACGACGCCAUGAUGGUGUUUGUCCAGGAUCAGAGCCAGCGAUUCAAAAUGGCCGCCGAAAUGGAACACAGAGGCGUCAAGGCCGUCACCUUCUUCGAUGUCGUUUUGGAUUUCAUCCUCAUGGACGCCUUCGAGGACCUGACGGACCCGCCCUCUUCCGUCCUGGCUGUCAUCAAUAACCGAUGGCUCAGCAACGGCUUCAAAGAAGGCGCAUUGGCGACAGCAGUUUGGAGCGUUUUGAAGGCCAAACGGCGGAAGCUGCUCUACCAGGAUGGCUUCAUUUCACAUUUUUACGGUAUCAUGGAACACUUGAGCCCCGUUUUAGCAUGGGGCUUCCUAGGACCGGAUUCUGAUCUUAAAAAAGCCUGUUUCAUUUUCAAAGAUCACGUCGAAGGAUAUCUGCGGGAUAUUUUUGAUUUCGAACGUGUUCGCUAUCUGACCGUCGAAGAAAUGGCCGAAGAUGUUUGGGCGCUCGCUAAAGAACGUCGCGAAGCCAUUAGUCGGCAAAUGCCCACACGCAGAUGACCAAUUGACCAUACCCAACGCUAAACUGCCCAGCUUAUCGGGCCGAAUGAGUCGGUCAGCAAUUAUUACUUUUUAAAUAGAAAUGUUUGACGCUGUCUUGCUAAAAAAUAAAAAAAAAAGCAAAGAAAACGUAGUGGUGUGGAACUCGACCGCAAAUGAAUCGCUUAUUUUCAGAAAAAUAUAGUCAUCCACCAAUCGAAA